GAGGACAGAAAGGAGGGAUGAAUGAGUUUGUCUUCUUCACACAGUCGAUGUCAGAGAGUCAGGGACAUGAGGAGGACGGGGGGGACAUGAACUUUAGACAGACUGCUGUGACCCUGGUUCAACUUCUCUGCCUGGUAAAUGUUUGUCCGUCAGGAUCCAAACCCUCGUUCUCGUCUAUUUCAGGACCAUCCCUGAAUAAAAACAGAAGAUCCGGGUCGUUCCAGAAAAAACAGGCACAGACUUCCUCCAGUCAGAGUCUGAAUAAUCCGUUCAUUCAGUCUAAACUCGAGUCUAAGGAAAGUUAAACUCAGGCUGAGACUGACAGUGUGGAUUAACAGACAGACUCGUGACUCUGAGACACGCAGUGAAAACAUAGAUGCUGAAGAAGUCUGAUUCAUACCCGUGUACAGCUGUAAUAGAUGUCACUGUCAUUAAACUGAUUUAGUCUAAAUAUACAGAAUCAGCUGCUGUCAGAGGAACAAACACAGAUCCACAGAUACUAGAACAGGCUGUGCAGGAUUUAAAAACAGCUCUAUCUGCUGUAUGUCUAUACUCAGAGCAGACCGCAGAGUCCGUCUGUCUCUCUUUACUGGACCUGCACAGGUCAGCUGAUCGCAGAUACGGCCUCUGAUUGGUCAGUUAGAGACAGAUGAAUGUUUCAGAAACACCUGAGAUUUAUCACCCAGAAAACUGCCGGUCUCACGAACCGAGUGGGUUUAAGGGUCAGGUUUAGACCGGUCUCACAGACUGAGUGGGUUUUAGGGUCAGGUUUAGACCGGUCUCACAGACUGAGUGGGUUUAAGGGUCAGGGUUAGACCGGUCUCACAGACUGAUUGGGUUUAAGGGUCAGGGUUAGACCGGUCUCACAGACUGAGUGGGUUUAAGGGUCAGGGUUAGACCGGUCUCACGAACCGAGUGGGUUUGAGGGUCAGGGUUAGACCGGUCUCACAGACUGAUUGGGUUUAAGGGUCAGGUUUAGACCGGUCUCACAGACUGAGUGGGUUUAAGGGUCAGGGUUAGACGGGUCUCACAGACUGAGUGGGUUUAAGGGUCAGGUUUAGACCGGUCUCACAGACUGAGUGGGUUUAAGGGUCAGGGUUAGACCGGUCUCACAGACUGAGUGGGUUUAAGGGUCAGGUUUAGACCGGUCUCACAGACUGAGUGGGUUUUAGGGUCAGGUUUAGACCGGUCUCACAGACUGAGUGGGUUUAAGGGUCAGGUUUAGACCGGUCUCACAGACUGAGUGGGUUUAAGGGUCAGGGUUAGACCGGUCUCACAGACUGAGUGGGUUUAAGGGUCAGGUUUAGACCGGUCUCACAGACUGAAUGGGUUUAAGGGUCAGGUUUAGACCGGUCUCACAGACUGAGUGGGUUUAAGGGUCAGGUUUAGACCGGUCUCACGAACCGAGUGGGUUUAAGGGUCAGGUUUAGACCGGUCUCACAGACUGAUGAUGUUCUAGUUUCAGAUCGAUCCUCACAAAGACACUUGCUCAUAUAUUCGGGUCGGUACGGUCUGAUAUCAAACACUGAUUGGAUUGGGGGUGUUGGGGGGUCAAACCUGUGGAUCGGGACAUUUGGGUCGAUCUGCUCAGACUCACUGGUCUCUGAUCUGUGUCGUCGUUUGUCUCCGUGUCGUUUGGAGCUCAGAGUUCAAACCUUCUUUCUUUCGUUUCUUCAGCUGCUUUUGAUGAGAACGUGAAACAUGUGGAGAGUCUGAGUGUCUGUGGUUCUGAUGGAUCACAUGGUUCUGACAGAACCAGGAGGUUCAUGAGCUCACAGUCCCAGAAGAAGAUAAAUGAGGGUAACACUUUACAAUAACCAUCAUUAAUCAAUGGUAAAUGGAUCAUUUAUUAAUGUAAGUUAAUAGUUACUUUACUAUAAACAUGCAAUGAAAUGAUGAAUUUAUGAAUUAUUAAUGGACUCUUAAUUAAAGGUUAAUAAAGGGUUUAAAAAUGUUUAGAUGAAAAUGUGUCAGUAACACUUUGUAAAUAUUUAAUAUUUGGUUUAUAAACAUCUAUAAUCAUGACUGAGAUGUUGUUAUAAAGUGAGGUUAGUAAAACUGUAGCAUUUAUAGUUUAUUAAUGGUCUAUAUGCUGUUUAUAAACGAUAAUUACACAUUAAUAAUCGAUCUGUUUAUCAUUGAUAAGUUGUGGUUUUUGUAAAGUGUUUCCAUGAGAGGAAACAGUCUGAACCAUCAGAGGGUCUGACAGCUGUUAGAGGAACCACCACACACACAUUCCUGUCCAGACCUAUACUCUCAGAUAUGGUGUGUGUGUGUGUGUGUGUGUGUGUGUGUGUGUGUGUGUGUGUGUGUCCUCAGGGAAUACUGAGAUUCCUGAAAUUCCUGCAGCGAGGGUCCCUCAGGUACUCGAGCCAGUCAGUCAGCUGGGCUCAUGCAUUAUGAACGAGUCCCAUCUGGACCCAGUUAACACCUGAUGUGUGUGUGUGUGUGUGUGUGUGUGUGUGUGUGUGUGUGUGUGUGUGUGUGUGUGUGUGUGAGAAAAGAGGGAAAGUUCCAGCCGAGUUUCUUUGUGUUGAAUCUUAAAAAAAAGACGAGCUCCUACCUCUCAUUACACCCUCCCUUCCUCUCCCCUCCCCUCGCUCUGCGUCUCCCCCUGACUCCUCCCCCUCCUCCUCCUCUUUUUGGCUGGCUGUAAAAAACUGUAAUUGCCUGAAAUCCAUUAAACAUGUGUGUGUGUGUGUGUGUGUGUGUGUGUGUGUGUGUGUGUGUGUGUGAGGGAACAGAUCCAGGCGUUCUGGUGGUAAUAAGAAAACAAAGAGCGAGUUUUUCUGGCAGCACAGUCGCAUUUUCUCGCCGUGUGUGUUUCUGAAAACUCAAAACUGAGAUUAUUAUUAAAGGGGGGGGGUGUUGGAUCGGGACCAGCUCUUCUCUGAGCGUGGCGUGGAGCUCUGGCCCCGAGCCGAGGAGCGAGCGAGGGAGAGAGAGAGAGAGAGAGGGGGGAGCAGAUUUUUCUUCUCCUGGAGUGCUCAGAGUGGGCGGGGCUUCAGGACGAAGACAUUUGGGGAGGAUGAACAUUAAAUGUAAAAGUCAACCGUCAGCAGGGCGGCAGGGGCGGGGCUUGUGGAGGAGGCGUGAAAAAGCUGCUGCAGGGAUUGGUGGAGACUGUUUGAAGAUGAGGAGCGUGAGCGGCGUGAUUCUUACUUACUCUGGGAAACCUGAACCGGACUCUGACACCCGGACCCCCGACAGCCUCUAAAGUGCACAUCCAGAAUGUCUCCGAUCUGGUACGUCAGUGAUCCUCGCCGUCCGCCAAUUCCUGUCAUCGGGGUGAAAUGACGUCUAAAAACCUUUCACUUGUUCGUCGUUCGUGUUUUAUUUUGAAAAGAAGCCGGAUGUUUUAUUUUGUGUCUGUGCCCGACUUCCUUUCCAGCACGGGUUAAUCUGUGCUGAAUUUAUCCGCCAUGCUCCGGCGUCCGACGGAAAGAAGUCGGUGUAAAUUGACACGUUAACUUGAAUGGUUACGAUCAGCUACGAUCGGAGGAUACGACCUUUUAGGAGACGAUCAGGAUGAAGGUGGAGGUCGGGGGUUGGGCUCCUCGGUCCUCACGGUCAGCUGUUCGGUUUACUCGUCAGCAGGAAAAACGUCAGUCUUAAAAAAAGAGGAGGGACGGUAGAAAGACGACCUCCUCACAGGCGGACCGAACCCUGCAGGAGUGGAGCAGGUCUGACAGGAGGAUGGAGGAGGACUUGAAAACUAACGCCGUGGAGUAAAGUGAUGACGGUCAGAAGAUUGAAGUUUAUGAUCAUGAAAUGGAGACGUUUGACUCCAGGACUCUGUUGAAAAUAUUGAUAUUAAAGUUUGAGUGUGAGGAAGAGAGUCGUCCAGCUGCAGGAAGUGAAACCAGGAGCUGCAGGAAGUCUCGGUGUUUCAGUGAGACGUCAGAGGAGCUGAAGAUCGACUCUGAUCUCUGCAGAGUUCCUCCGUCAGACUCACCCGGCUCUGCUCUGCGGUUAGAUAACCUCGUGUGACCCGGUCAGCUCAGGAUAAACAGCCGUGUGGGGAUCCGGAUGCUUGGAGCUGGGGGGGAGGACGGGGGAGGCGGCGGGAGGCAGUGAGAGUUUGUCUUCAUCUGGCGAGGUCCGAGGGUCGUCUCGUUUGAAGUGCCGCUCCUCCGGAUGGAGAGCAUGGGAAACAGCUCCGCUCACCUUUCAUGUCCUGAACCCGUCCUCCGACCUCACUGCCAGCUCUGGGUCAAAGGUCAAACAGGAGAGACGGGCCCGCCCCCUCAGCCGUCUCUGUCUGAACGGACGGCGUGAGGAGAAGAAGAGAGAGUCGGUCUUUCUGAGCGUGUGCGUGAAUCCAGGAAGGAAGAGCUCUGUUUACUGAUUUUACUCUCCAAGAAUGAACGACACAUCCGGCGCUGCGUGCCAGAGGGGGGCGGAGUCAGAGAGUAUGCAGAUCGGAGGGAGGGCAGAAGGCUCUCCUGGGACGUGAACUUCAGUCUCAGGUCAUCCUCAAGUCUCCUUAUCAGCGGGUUUUCCCUGAAGGAGCGAGGACCGUUUGGACCGUUGUUUGACUUUGAGUUCCUCUUCCCCUCCGAGUCCCAGCUGCUCAGGCCAUCACUGUCCCAGGUGUGUGUGUGUGUGUGUGUGUGUGUGUGUGUGUGUGUGUGUGUGUGUGUGUGUGUGUGGGCGUUGCUCCAGCUGACGGAGGGAAAUCUGGGGAAGGUGACCGACCUCAGGAGAUAAGAUCUUUAGUAGAGCGUUGAGGGAGCUCCUUCCUCAGAGCCGACCGUCGUUUUCCCUCCUAAUGAUUUUACAGUGAGGUGUCGAGUCUCCGCCUCCCGACCACGAACAGAGGAGCCGCGCCGACCGCAGACCCCGACCACUAACUGUCCGAGAGUUUGUCUAAAAUCCAGAUCCUCGGUCAGAGCCGAUUUAUGAUCUUUACUCAGAGCAGUCACUGACAGCUUCGCAGAAAUAACUUCAAAAUAAAAGCAUGACUCAGGUCUUUGGGAUACCCGGGUAUAUUUUUAGAAAUAACUUCAAAAUAAAAGCAUGAUUUAGUUGUUUGGGGUACCCAGGUAAAUGUAGAGUUAACUUCAAAAUAAAAGCAUAACUCAGGUGUUUAGGGAUACUAAGGAAAAUGAAAAAUAACUUCAAAAUAAAAGCAUGACUAAUUUAUUGGGAUACCUGGGUGAAUGUAGAAAUAACUUCAAAAUAAAAGCAUGACUAAUUUAUUGGGAUACCUGGGUGAAUGUAGAAAUAACUUCAAAAUAAAAGCAUGACUAAUUUAUUGGGAUACUCGGUUGAAUGUAGAAAUAACUUCAAAAUAAAAGCAUGACUAAUUUAUUGGGAUACCCUGGGUGAAUGUAGAAAUAACUUCAAAAUAAAAGCAUGACUAAUUUAUUGGGAUACUCGGUUGAAUGUAGAAAUAACUUCAAAAUAAAAGCAUGACUAAUUUAUUGGGAUACCUGGGUGAAUGUAGAAAUAACUUCAAAAUAAAAGCAUGACUAAGGUCUUUGGGAUACCCGGGUAUAUUUUUAGAAAUAACUUCAAAAUAAGAGCGUGAAAACCCUGACUCUGUGAGUUGGUGUCGGUCCUCCUGGAGAUCCUGUCGUUCCUCCUGAAGGUCAAAUCAUGAACUUUUCUACAUUCAAACACCUGAAAACAGGAAGUGUGUCUCGCUGUCGUUGAGUUUUGGGUCAAACUGAGCCGAAGGUUCUGAACCCGAGUCAGAGAGGUUCUGAUGAGUUAGUGACCUCAGACUCCUUAGAUACUCUGUAGUUUUAUUUCUGUCAAAGGUCACGUAGACGUUUGUGUUUUUGGAGACAGGAAGUCUCUGGACUGACGGGUUAAACUCUCUCUGUCUCCUCUCUGCUCUCAGGCGCUCCGUACUGGACCUCCUCAGCGAAGAUGGAGAAGAAGCUUCACGCCGUGCCGGCUGCAAACACGGUGAAGUUUCGCUGCGCCGCAGGAGGAAACCCCCGACCCAAACUACGCUGGCUGAAAAACAGCCGGCCUUUCCGCCAAGAGGACCGCAUGGGGGGGUACAAGGUAGGUCCUGAACCAUGAAACCUGUAAAAAGAUCUUCAGGAUCUUCAGCUUCCUGGUCCAGCUCUGCUCUGAGAGGAUCGAUCUCUCUCUCUCUCUCUCUGGUUCUUCUGCUAAAGUUCACGGAUGUGUUUACAGGUCAGAGCAGGCCUCUUUUUUCCCAUCAGCCCCGGCUGUCCUUUCACCUCUUUUCCACCCUUCACUGCAGAGACGUGAGGCGAGCGGACAGACGAGAGCAGGGCAGGGUUUCUGCUGUGAAAUUGGAAUCGCUCAUCCGUGCUCCUCCUCUCACCAGGAUCCUCUCUCUGAAACUCGAAAUGCUCCUCUACCCCCGACAAUCAGUAACCGGAGCCGGGGGCCGAAGGGUUAACUGCCCCUGGACUGUAACGUAUAGAGAGAGAGAGAGAGAGCGAGAGAGAGAGCGAGCGAGCAGGCGGCGGCGUCAGGGUUGAAAUGAGUUCAGAAUGUGGAGUAACUCAAUCAGGGAGAACUGGUCCCACUGGCUCGGGUUAGAGACCAGUUUCUGAGUGGAGCGUGUGGAACCUUUGUUAUGAAACGGGUUUCCCUAACCCUGCUGGUUAAAGUUUAAACCGCUCUCCUCUCUGCAGACGCAAACCAAAUUAAAACCAUCAAUAAACCCGUUAGAGGAUCCUCAGAGGACGGAGAAAUCCGGGACCGGACCUGUUAGAGUCUGGACAGGACCGGACCUGUUAGAGUCUGGACAGGACCGUUUAGAUUCAGACGACGGGACAAAGUCUGUCCUCUGAUUUAAACGUGCAUUUAAACGUGACUGUAAAGACCUCCUCCACUCGGACCGAGUCCGUUUGGACCCUCAGCUCGGUUCUGGCGCUCAUAGAUUCCUGUGUUAACUGUUUUUAACCCGCGAACAGUAAAAUUAGUAACAACAUCAGUAUCAGGACAAAACCUGAGAAAUUAAAGUCGUUUUAUUUUUAACUGUUUAAUGUCCAAAGGGAGGAAAAAAGGGCCAUGAGGGACCAGAUAAAAACGAAAUAACUCAAAUUAGCCGUUCAUCAUCAAUAAAUUCAUCAAUAAAUAUAUAUUAAUAAACUGUAAAGUUUCUUUUGGACCCAUUCCUGGGUCAGACUCGGGGUCCUCGGCACAAAAACAAAAGAGAACCAAAAUAGAGUAUAAAUAAAAAGUAUAAAUAUAUUUACAAAUGUUCAGGAUAUGAAGCAGAAAUAUACACAAGUGUGUCACGGGUAUAUGAUGUUGUUAUGAAUAUGUUAUAACUAUAAGUAUGUUCAGUCUAUGAACAGAUUAUACAUGUGGUUAUAAAUAUGAAGGUUAUAAACAGACUAUAGAUAUGAUUAUAUGACGGAUGAAGUAUGCAGUUGUGCAAAAUUGGAUUGUUUUCAGGAGUGAAAAUGAGGUUUGAAAGGUUUGAAGUUGGUUCUACGGCAGAUUCAGAGCUGACUCCAAUAUUUCUGAAUUCCCUUGAAAAUCAGGACCUACUUUACCCUCCAUCACUAACAUCAGCCUGUGAACACGAGUCUGUAGGAAAAAGCAGGUUUUAGAUCAGGGAGACAAAUCUGUCUUCAACCCAGAGACCCGUGAUCAUCUGAAAACAUGUCGGCGAUGGUCUUCUCGGGUGAAGCGGUGCUGAUUCUGUUCCUGCAGCUUUCAGCGAGCUCAUUACGGCGUGGACGGAAACAAGAGCGUCAGGCUGUCAGGCGCUGUGUGGGCAGGUCGGCGCUCAGACAAAGGCGUACCUGAGGCGUACCUGAGCCCCGCCCUGCGCUCUAAUCUCUCCUUUGUGUGGAUGUUGGUCUGAACAAGCAGCAGCUACAGUCUGCAGACGGAAACACUGUUGUCAGCUCACACCUGUGGAUUCCUCACACUGUCCCUGCACAGAAUGACGAUAACUGUGUCUGAAAGAAAGAAAGGGGUUUCCUACCCGAGAGAGCAGGGACUGAGGCUGGACCAGAACCAGAACCAGAAUCUUUUAUCUCCUUAAAUUAAAGACAGAAGACGUAUUUACUCUGAAACAAAAGCAGGAGGACAUGAAAUUAAGAAAGUGUAGAUCUGACUUCUCCUGGGGGAUAAAGACACGUUCAUUUCUCUGAUGGACCUGAAGGUCCAGAACACAGAAGAAGGUUCUGGUUCUGGUUCUUCUUCUGGACUCGGGUUUUUAAAGAAACUCUGACUGAUCUUACAGGGUUAGUUUUUGUUCAGUGUGCUGCGUCCGCCCUCUCCUCUGUCAUACUUUCAUCUGUGGUUCUGUGGGGGCUUCAGUGUGUCUGUGGUUCUGUUCAACCGGACCUCUCUCUCUCUCUCUCUCUCUCUCUCUCUCUCUCUCUCUCUCUCUCUCUCUCUCUCUCUCUCUCUCUCUCUCUCUCUCUCUCUCUCUCUCUCUCUCUCUCUCUCUCAGGUUCGCAGCCAGCACUGGACCCUGAUCAUGGAGAGCGUGGUGCCGUCAGAUAAGGGCAACUACACCUGUCUGGUGGAGAACGAGUUUGGGUCCAUCAACCACACCUACACUCUGGACGUAGUGGGUCAGUACCACACACACACACACACGCACACUCACACACACACACACACACACACACACACAUGCUGGGACUCAACAAUGGAGGGAGGAAGAGGAAGGACCUUUCACUGUAAGAACACUGCGUGCGUGUACGUGUGUGUGUGUGUGUGUGUGUGUGUGUGUGUGUGUGUGUGUGUGUGUGUGUGUGUGUGUGUGUGUGUGUGUGUGUGUGAGGUCUACCAGGUGCAGGUUUAAGAGAGCUGCCAAGUGGAAGCUGAAGCAGCAGGUGUUUGAAGGUUUCUAUUGAUGACUUUAGUGAGUUCAUCCAAAACCUGAUGAUGAUGAUGAUGAUGAUGAUGAUGAUGAUGAGGAUGAUGAUGAUGAUGAUGAGGAUGAUGAAGAUGAGGAUGAUGAUGAUGAUGAUGAUGAUGAUGAUGAGGAUGAUGAUGAUGAUGAUGAUGAUGAUGAUGAAGAUGAGGAUGAUGAUGAUGAUGAUGAGGAUGAUGAAGAUGAGGAUGAUGAUGAUGAUGAUGAGGAUGAUGAUGAUGAUGAGGAUGAUGAUGAUGAUGAAGAUGAUGAUGAUGAAGAUGAGGAUGAUGAUGAUGAAGGUGAUGAUGAUGAUGAUGAGGAUGAUGAUGAUGAUGAAGAUGAUGAUGAUGAUGAUGAGGAUGAUGAUGAUGAAGGUGAUGAUGAUGAAGAUGAUGAUGAUGAUGAUGAUGAUGAUGAAGAUGAUGAAGAUGUUUUGUGAAGUUGUGAGUAUCUGUAUAAUUUCGACCAGAGUACCAGAGUACAGGGUCGGUGGUUCAGUACAGAGACAGUAAAAGUUCCAACAUCUGAUUCAUUCAGACUCGAACCCCAGAUUUCCACCGCGUCAGGAACGGCGGCGAUCUUCGCCGUCAGCAUCUCCUCCUCCAUGGUGUCAUCAGGGUGAAAUGACGACUAAAAACCUUUCACUUGUUAGUGGUUUGUGUUUUAUUUUAAGUCUGUGCCCGAGUCCGACGAUCCUCAGAGGAACGGAAAGAAGUCGGUGUAAAUCGACACGUUAACUUGAAUGGUUACGAUCAGCUACGAUCGGAGGAUACGACCUUUUAGGAGACGAUCAGGAUGAAGGUGAAGAUCGGGGGUUAUGGUCAGGUUCAGGUAAAACCUGGAUAUUGUGGUCUGGGUUUGAAGGUUCCUGGAGGUCCUGGAUAUUGUGGUCUGGGUUUGAAGGUUCCUGGAGUUCCUGGACAGUGCAGUCCUGGUUCUCAGGAUUCUGGUCAUGCUUCAGUUGGUUCCUCACAAACGCUGAGGCGGGUUUUUCUCUGGCGUGGACCUGAGUCUCUCUGACUGUUUCAGCGGGUUCAGGUCUAACUCGGUGACCCCCCCCCCUCGGUGACCUUUGGAGCUCAGAGAGUAAAGAGAGUUUUUCUGCUGAGUCAACAGAUCGAUGGGCGCUGUGAUAGUGGAUCAGUGUUUGUUUGUGUACAGAGCUCCGCCCCUUUGACCUCACUCGAACCACGAGGACAGAGCCGAUCAGAGGAGAUCUGACACCGUUUCCCUCCGGAUCAAUAACCCCGCCGUGACCUUCAGGACCCUCGGAGAGACCCCCCCUCCUUCUAUUUUGAUGAGCGUCUCCAUGGUGAUAAGGAGUAUUACCUCCAUUAUAUCAGAUGAAGAUUAAAUACCUGAGGGCUUCGUGCAUGUGCACGUGCACGCUCACUCAUGGCCCCCGGCCCGGGCCCCCUGCUCUGCUCCCCUCCUCCAGACUGCAAAGUUCUGUGCAGUUCUGUCUUAGGAGGACAGAGGAGGAGACGAGGAGGACAGAGGAGGAGACGAGGAGUAGACGAGGAGGAGACGAGGAGGAGAAGAGGAGGACAGAGGAGGACAGAGGAGGAGACGAGGAGGAGACGAGGAGGAGAAGAGGAGGACAGAGGAGGACAGAGGAGGAGACGAGGAGGACAGAGGAGGAGACGAGGAGGAGACGAGGAGGAGAAGAGGAGGACAGAGGAGGAGACGAGGAGGACAGAGGAGGAGACGAGGAGGAGACGAGGAGGAGAAGAGGAGGACAGACGAGGAGGAGACGAGGAGGACAGAGGAGGAGACGAGGAGGACAGAGGAGGACAGAGGAGGAGACGAGGAGGAGACGAGGAGGACAGAGGAGGAGACGAGGAGGAGACGAGGAGGACAGAGGAGGACAGAGGAGGAGACGAGGAGGAGACGAGGAGGAGACGAGGGGGAGAAGAGGAGGACAGAGGAGGAGACGAGGAGGACAGAGGAGGAGACGAGGAGGACAGAGGAGGACAGAGGAGGAGACGAGGAGGAGACGAGGAGGACAGAGGAGGAGACGAGGAGGACAGAGGAGGAGACGAGGAGGACAGAGGAGGAGACGAGGAGGAGACGAGGAAGACAGAGGAGGAGACGAGGAGGACAGAGGAGGAGACGAGGAGGACAGAGGAGGACAGAGGAGGAGACGAGGAGGAGACGAGGAGGACAGAGGAGGAGACGAGGAGGACAGAGGAGGAGACGAGGAGGACAGAGGAGGACAGAGGAGGAGACGAGGAGGACAGAGGAGGAGACGAGGAGGACAGAGGAGACGAGGAGGAGACGAGGAGGAGACGAGGAGAAAGGAGGUCUCCUCUCCUCAGUCUCUGUAAAGGACCUGCUGGAUGGGCUCAGAGGAACCGGUCUGUUCUGGUUCUGACCGGCUCAGGAGAAAAGGUCUCAGUGGGACAGAAACACAGUCCCAGGAGUCCCCACACUCGCCUCUGUCCCUCUGUGGACACACGGACGCGCUGCACUUUGUCGCUCUGCCACGCUGCGUUCUUCGUCUGUCCCCGCCCCUCUUUGACCAUCCCAGUGCCAGGCCGCCAGGUUACCCAGAGUUCACCAGUCUCGCAUGGGACGCCAUGGAAUGCCGUCAGUCUGUGUCCUCGCUCCACGCUCUGCCCCCGUCCAAUCAAGUUCAUCCUCCAAUGAAUUAAUUGAUAAAUGGACUCAGUUUGGAAACGGGUCAGAGCCGACACGCCGGGUCAGAACUUUGACCCGUUUUGAGAGAAUGUUCAGAUCCUUCAGUCAAAGUGGUCCAAAGGUCCCGGUCUGCAGACGGACGUCCCUGUCUGUGACCCUGUCUGUGACCCUGUCUGUGACCCUGUCUGUGACCCUGUCUGUGACCCUGUCUGUGACCCUAUAUGUCCUGUUGAUGAAGUUAGGUGCUGUUCUGAGCAUUAUUUGUGGCUAUAGAGUGGCGUUUUGGUUGAGGGCGUGUCUCUCUGUAUUUCUAUCCUGCGGUCGUUACUAAAGUUGGUAUAACUAGAGAAGGAAGCGGUCGACAACAUUCAUCUCUGGAGGGGGCGGGGUCUAACUCGGGGUUACGGUGGGUUUGACCCUAAAUUAAUUUAAUGACAGAAUAUCCCUUUAAUGAGAUUUUCCACAUUAACGUUUGAAGUUGUUUCUGCGCCGACGUCUGUUCGAACCCUCAUCUCUGCCAGCAGACCGACCCUCAUGGACCCUCAUGGACUGUCAUGGACCCUCAUGGACUCUCAUGGACUCUCAUGGACCCUCAUGGACUCUCAUGGACCCUCAUGGACCCUCAUGGACCCUCAUGGACCCUCAUGGACUCUCCUGGACUCUCAUGGACUCUCACGGACUCUGAUCCAUCAGGUUUUUAUUUGUGUAGCUGCUCGAGCUGCGAACAGUUUGGUCCACUCUGUCAGGUGGUUCCCAACAUGAGGUCAGACCCCCCCUACAGGGUCACCAGAUCCAUGUGAUGGAGGCUGUGAGAAAAUUAAUGGGAGAGAAACCCACGUCUGACACGCUGAUCUGGUUUUAGUUUUCUCCAGUUUUGGAUGAAGUGAUCAGAAACAUCUGAGUCUGUUUUGGUGGGACACAAACGCUGAGAGAGUUCUUCUGACUAAAGUCACGAUAUAAUCAGAGGGAAAAAGAGCAGAAUGUUCCUUUAAAAGGAUCAGAGUGAAAGUGUUUUAAUCUAACUGAACUGUGAAGGAGCUCAGCCUCUCUCUCUCUCUCUCUCUCUCUCUCUCUCUCUCAGUUUCACACGUCUCAGGUCUCAUACCGAACGUUUUCUAGAUCCUUCCUCUGGUCUUUUUUCCUCCUCGCUCCUUCUUCUCAUUUCAGCCAGAACUGCUCCUCAAACUUUGGGUUGUUUUGGGGGCAGCAGCUCCAUGAUCUGCAGACUCUGAAUGCUCCAGCUCACAUUUGGAUCCUGGGUAAUGAAGGUUGGAGACAGUCGGGAUUAAAGAGAAACGAAUCCGUCUGUUUUCACGACUCCGCUCUUAUUUAUGAGCGAGAGUUCAAACUGUCCAUCUGAGGAGGCCUGAGAAAGACGGAUGGAGAGAAAACAGGGGGAGAGAGAGAAAGACAAUAAACAUGGAGAGCCUGAGGAAUGUGGGGGGGGGGGCAGGAAUCAUCUGAUCUGACAGAGAAGAAGAAGAAGAAGAAGAAGAAGAAGAAGAAGAAGAAGAGGAAGAAGAAGAAGAAGAAGAGGAAGAAGAAGAAGAAGAAGAAGAAGAAGAAAACUGUCUGAAUCUGAAGUUUUUCCACUCUCCAUCUGUUCAUCCGGCUCCUUCUUCCUUUUUUAGUCCUUUUUCUGGAGCUAAGCCUCCUCCCUUCAUCACACACACACACACACACACACACACACACACACACACACACACACACACACACACACACACACACACACACACACACUCUCUCUCUACUGCAGGAACAGAUUCACUGCACCCACCUUGAGGCUUAAGGCUUUGUUUUGUAAAGGCACUGCAGAGCUGCAGGCUGAGUGAUGUCAUCUGUGUGUGUGUGUGUGUGUGUGUGUGUGUGUGUGUGUGUGUGCUGUCAGAGUGGGGGUUGGGGGGGUCCUCACUGCUGUUGUGGAGGCCGGCUGGUGUUUGAAAGGGGGCAUUGUUCAGCAGGUCUCGCUCUGUUUGGAUUCUCAGACCGAAUGUUUGCGUGUUAAAGAAUGUAGAUAGCUGGAGAUGGUGUGUGUGUGUGUGUGUGUGUGUGUGUGUGUGUGUGUGUGUGUGUGUGUGUGUGUGUGUGUGUCUGACACCUCCACUCACACACAGUAUAAAUGUACACCCUGCCUCCUCUCUUUAUCAGUAAACGCCGAAUUCCUCGCCCUCUCUGUUUUGUUUGGAGCGGCUCAGAUAAGGCCGAAGUUGAGCCGCCAUGUUUUUUUUUUUUUACCUGUCAGGCUGCUGGGAAAAAAAAAAAACUCUCCAAGUAUGUGGAGCUCUUCUUCUCCAGCAAACAUCAGCCCAGAGUUCCAGGUCUGAGUCUCCUGCAGACGUUAUAAAGACAAAUUAGCUGUUUUUUGUAGCGCCUCCGGUGGUGAAGUUUGGUACUCUGCUCCUCCAUGGUCGGUCUCUCACUCAGUUCGUUUACAGUCUCAGUUUAAUCAGACUAACCUCAUAAUUCGUCUUUUUCUCUGAAUCAGACUUCUCUCCUUGUAGCUGAGAAAACUGAAUCAUUGAGGUGAACGUGUCCUCCUCCCCAACACUAGGGGGCGAUAUGGGUCUUUUCAACAACAACAGCAGGUCGGUGUCAGACGUCAGAAGUGUCUACAACUGCUGCUGGGCAUUUUGGAGAAACAAGAAGAUGGAGCAUCGUACAGCGUUGUUUUUGUCCGACAUGAUGGACGCGCUACUUUUUCUAAAGAUGAGACCAACGCUACUCCUCUACUCUGGGGUUUCCAGGGUUACGGGGGCGUGGCUUCAUACUCCGACUACGCUGGUUACAUGGUAGAGAAAAUCAAAUUCCAAUCUCAUUAUCUGGGUGUCUUAAUCUGAGUUCUUAAACUCUGAUUAUAGUCGGACUAAAGUGUUUACGUGACCUUCAGUUGUCCGGUCUUCAUCGGAAUAAGGCGAUAAUUCGGUUUAGUGUCAUGGAAACGGACUGACUGACUUCCAGUUCUUUGUUGAAAGGACAACUGGACUUAGUUGUCCUUUCCAUGCAGAGAUUCCCACUCCAGAGUCAUGUGACUAACCUGUUGGACAUGUUGGUUUGAAAUCGUCUGAAAACCAUAAAAAUCUGUUUUAUUUUUGAUCAUUUUAACACUUAAAUGUCUUUUAAACUUCGUCCCUCAGAGUUCGGAGUUCUCAAACUCCGAUUACAGUCAGAGUUUUGUCGUGUUUAUAGUGUUUUUGUUCUGGGGUUACGGGGGCGUAUUAUCUGGGUGUCUUAAUCAGAGUUACUCAAACUCUGAUUAUAGUCGGACUAAGGUACAUGACCUUCAGCUGUCCGGUCUUAAUCGGAAUAUGCCGAUAAUUCGGUUUUCUCUAGUGUCAUGGUAACGGACUGACUGACAGACUAAAAGCUUCAGGAUAAAAUCAGUUCAGUAUUUAAAUCUAUUCAAACAACAACAUGUUGUUUGUUCACAUUGACAGUGAAGUCAGACCUCAGGACGUCCAGUUUGGGUCACAUGACCUCAAAGACCUGACCAGGAUGAACCUGGUUCAGAUCUUUAUCAGAGGUCACAGGAGUGAACUCCUCGUCUCAGCCUCUCUGAGAUUGUCUGUACCUUUAAGUUGAACCUCUAACAGCAUCACGGCGGCGCUCCACAGGCGUCACACAAGGAGGAGAGUUCUGAGUCCCUAUUGGUCGAGGUUUUUCCUGCAGAUCUUUCUGAACCUGAACAUCCGUGUCCUAACAAAGCUUCUCCUCUCUGUCUGCAGAGCGCUCUCCUCACCGGCCCAUCCUCCAGGCCGGUCUCCCCGCCAACACCACCGUGCACGUGGGAGAGGACGCCCGCUUCGUCUGCAAGGUUUACAGCGACGCACAACCUCACAUCCAGUGGCUGAAACACAUCACUCAGAACGGCAGCCGCUACGGGCCGGACGGACACCCCUACGUCCGAGUGUUGAAGGUGAAGUUCCUGCAGCAGUUCUUCUCCUCCUUCCUGUUUCUGCAGGUGACCUGAUGACCUCGGAGGAGGAGCCGAGCGUCAGGAAGGGCGUGACCGGGGUUCUGGUUCUGUCCGAACAGCUGCUGUAACCAUGUUUGCACGUCUGAGUCUGAGCACGUUUGAAAAGUUAACACCUGGAGUGUGUUUGUGUGUUUGUGUUUGUGUUUGUGUGUGUGUGUGUGUGUGUGUGUGUGUGUGUGUGUGUGUGUGUGUGUGUGUGUGUGUGCGUGUUUCAGCGCUCGGGCAUUAACAGCUCUGACGUGGAGAUGCUCACCCUCACCAACGUGACGGAGGACGAUGCUGGAGAGUAUAUCUGUAAAGUCUCCAAUUAUAUAGGCGAGGUCAACCAGUCGGGCUGGCUCACGGUCAUCCCAGGUAACCCUGAGACCCCUGACCCCGCCCACCCCCAAACCCCGCCCCCCCACCCUCCUGCUGUGGUUUCCUGGGCUCCAUCCCUGACCUGCUGUGCUGUGGUGGUCCUGCUGGUGGUCUCUUGGUGGUCCUGGGUUCAGGGUUUAACCCUUUGUGUUUCAGCUGCUCCCAGAUGGUUGCAGACAUGGAAGCAGGCUCCGCCCCGCAGGCUCCGCCCUGCAGACAUACGCCCGCCGUGUCAGACGGUGUAUGUGUGGGCGGAGCCGUGCUCUCCAUGCUCUCUGUGUCGGUGCAUGUCCUCCCUGCAGAGACUCUGUUGGUGACGGGAACCUCCUGUUUGGGUUUUUGGGGGUCUGUGUUUUGGUGUCUCUGUCUGUGCCCCGCCCCCUCCUGUCAGGACCCUCAGUGAUGGACGGCGUCAGACUCUCUUACUCCUCUCUCGGUGUUUUGGGUCUCAUUUGUUUCUCUUCCUCUCUCUCUCUCUGACUCCCCUUUUCUUCUUUCCGUUGGCUCUUCUCUCCCCUCCUCCUCCUCCUCUUCCUCUCCUCCUCCUCCCUCCUCUCCUCCUCCUCUCCUCCUCCUCCUCCUCCUCCUCCUCUUCCUCUCCCCAGACUGCAGGUGUUAACACCACAGAUAAGGAGAUAGAAGCUCUCUUCUUGCCCAAUGUAACCUUUGAGGAUGCGGGCGAGUAUACGUGCUUGGCGGGUAAUUCUAUUGGGAUCUCCUUUCACACUGCUUGGUUGACGGUUCUCGCAGGUACACACACUCUCACUGUCCUCUGUGUCUCCGUCUCUGUCCGUCUCUUUUCAGUCUUUGUCUUUGAAGGGAAACCCUCCCCUCUGAGUCUGAGACACAGAUGUUAGACAUCAGGGUCAGAGAGCCGUGGUUUUCAGACUCAGAAAUGAAACGUCUCCUGCAGAGGGGAGGGUUUGUCCUCCUCUGUCUUCUGUCUCCUCUCAGUUUGUCUCUGCAUGUCUGUGUCAUUUUCACUCUCUGAACAUCUUUAUUCUCCUGAAAUAAAGAUGGACAGUCGGACUUUUGUGUGUCUGAUAGUCCUGUCCCUGAGCCCGCCUUCGUCUCACCCUCGCUCUUUACCCCCCAGCUCCAGACAAACCCCUCGGCCCGCUCUCCCCCGACUACGUGGAGAUCGCCAUCUACUGUGCGGGCGUCUUCCUCAUCGCCUGCAUGGUGGGCAUCGUGGUGGUUUGUCGCAUGAGGAACACGGCGAAGAAACCCGACUUUGGGGGCCAACCGGCGGUCCACAAACUGAGCAAGCAGAUCCCUCUGCGCCGCCAGGUAACAGAAAGUAGAUAAAGAGUUCGAACGGCAUCUAACACCUUAGAGGAGAGCGACCACACACUGUUAGUUCAGACAGGCCUCAGAGUCAAGCUCCGCCCACAACGUAUCAGCUGAUUGGCUGUUUUAAAGCUCCUGAACAGAUAUAGAUUCCACCAAAUCCAACGUCCUGCAUGAAAACAUUAUUUUAUUAUUUUAACUACAAACAGGAAAUAAAACCUCAAACUUUGAGGAGGAAACCCUCAGAUCCAAACAUCAGAGUCCAGCUCUGUCUUCUGUUCUGAUUCUUUCCCUCUAAAGAAACUCAAAGUACUUUUAAAGGUCCGCAGCAGAACCUGUGGGGCGCCCGGUUCCUGUGCCGAGGUAAGGUCAGGGUGGGAGGUGUCUUCAUCGUCCCUCUUAUCAGUCAAACGCUCUUCUCCUCUAAGAACGCCGUAGAACUCUCUGACCUUCGCACCCAGACUCCGGUGAUCAGCCAAUCCCUCUCUUCCUGUAGGUGUCGGCGGACUCCAGCUCGUCCAUGAACUCCAGCACGCCGCUGGUACGCAUCACGACACGGCGGAGCUCGGCACACGACGAGCCGAUCCCAGAGUACGACCUGCCAGAGGAUCCACGCUGGGAGUUUUCUCGAGACAGGUGAGAGCUGUGGGUUUACUCCGUGAGAUUCUGUGAGGGUCUGAAAACGACUCCUGCACGGUGAGGAUCUAUGUGAGUAUAUCUAUACUGAUAGAGGAUCUGAGUCCUGGGGUCCGUUUCACGUAGGUGGUUCAACAAACUCUGAGUUAAAUCCUUAACUCUGAGUUCGGAAACUCUGAGUUUCCGGUUUCACAACUCCUGAUUUGAGACGGUUUUAACAACUCCGAGUAGUUUGACCUGGAGUUAAGCACGUGCACGCCAGACAUAAACAGCCAGCAUCUGUGGAGCGCAGAUUCAAUGAUCAACCAAUGGAAACAGGGAGAAGGAGGGGGCAGCAGCAAGCCAACAGCGAAUUACAGCACGUUUUUAAAAGAAAGUGCAAUACAGCAGCAGCUGCAGAGGAGAGGGAGAGGGCUUGUGAGGAAAUCGCUGCUCGCGUCAAUGCGUAACUUUAAAUCUAGUCUCGUGCAAUCACAAUGACAGACUGUUGCAGGGAAACUGCUUGAAUCAUUUUGAUCAUGUUUUACAUUGUCAAGUAAGUAUUAAGUGGCAGUUUGAUCCCUUAGAAAAUUGCUCUUUUCACACUCAAAAAUGAAUUUUACUCUCUUAUGAUGUUCCGUUAAAUGAUUAGGAAUAUUAAACUAACUCUCAGUAUGUAUAUGUACAUAUAUUAAACUAACACACGCUACACUCAAUAUUAGACUUUCACUCAGCAAACAGAAAGAGGGCAGAUGCCAGAAAAACGGGUGGUGGUCCAGCAGCCCCCCCCCCCCCCCCUUAGACGAUCGAAACCCCCACCCCGUAGCAGCGAUCGUGUGUGUGUGUGUGUGUGUGUGUGUGUGUGUGUGUGUGUGUGUGUCUGUGGUGGGGGGGAUUUGCGAUCGGACCGGCCGCGAUCGUCGAACGGGGUGGGGUGGGGGGCAGCUCCUCUGCCUCCGUUAAAGGUGGGGCUGCUGGACCACCACCCGUUUUUGUGUUAGUUUAAUAUUCCUAAUCAUUUAACGGAACAUAAUAAGAGAGUAAAAUUCAGUUUUGAGUGUGAAAAGAGCUUUUUUAAAGGGAUCAAACUGCCACUUAAUACUUACUUGACAAUGUAAAACAUGAUCAAAAUGAGAAAAUGCCGAUGUCUCACCUGAAACUCUGGGUUUACUGAGUUAAACCUGCUCCCGAGCAGGUUAGGUUCACGGAGUCUGUUACUGUGGUAACUGACCGCGAGGUUGAGUUACCUCUCUUUGUGAAACAGGUUAGAGUUACCCCUCUCUCCCUGGUUUAACUAACCCUCCUUUGUGAAACGGAAAACUCAGAGUUUCCCUGAUUUCAGGGUUAACAAACUCGGAGUUUCCAUUAAACCUGCUACGUGAAACGGACCCCUGUUGUCCUGAGUACAGAGUCAGUGACUCUGACAGACAGCAGCUAAAGAGGGCGAGCUGUGAAGAAUGAGAGAAGAGGGACGGAUUCAUUCAUUCCUGCUGCGCUUCACACACACACACACACACACACACACACACACACACACUCACACACACACACACACACACACCCUGCUAAUUAUCGGGUGUCUCUCUCGCCUUUUAUCGGCCUGUUUCAGCGGAGGAGUGUUCGCCGGCGUUCAUACCAGAGGAAUUAUCGCCGCCGAGGUUUCAGUUUGUCACAGUGUGAGGAGGUUUAACGGCAGGUCAAAGGUCAGAGGAGCUUCAGACACCAAACAGGCCUGAGUGUAGAAGAAGAAGAAGAAGAGGGAGGAACAUAAACUUAAACAUCAGCCAUCAGAGAGGAAAACAUGCCUGGAGUAGCUCUCGCCUCUCUGGUGUGUUUAUGUUAAAGUCCAUCUAACCAGACAGACUCGCCUCAUAAGCUUUUUUUUCGUCCUCUCUGAUUGGUUCCCUGUGCCGCCGUCGUCUCAGAGCGGGGGGGAUUAUGUUGGGAUGGCGGCUCUCUGAGGAAUGCUAACGUUAGCGGUUUGUGAGGAGGGAAAAAUAACAUUGAUUAUGUGCGGCUGGACGGACAGAAGGGCUUCUAUUCAGCAUAGAGAGAGAGUGUGUGUGUGUGUGUGUGUGUGUGUGUGUGUGUGUGUGUGUGUGUGUGUGUGUGUGUGUGUGUGUGUGUGUGUGUGUGUGUGUGUGUGUGUGAAUGUGUGUGUGUGUGUGUGUGUACGCACACAGACAGGGGAUUGUGUUUCAGCGGCAGGGCGCCGGCCUCGGGCUCGUAGCUUUGCGGCGUGCAGUGUGAGUGUUUACAUAGCCGGGACACUGGGCCAGGGGGCGGGGCUACACCUGUCAAUCACAGCGUAAGGCGGGGUCACAGGGGUCAGCUGAGUGCAGGGCCCUGACGGAUGGUUGUCGGAGGACUGAUCGAUCAGUGCGCUGCAGGAAGUGAAACUCUGGCUCCUGAUUGGAUGAAAUCAAACUUUACAUGAUUCAGACCCCGGUUCAGCAGAGCGUCACUCACAGGCUGGCGAGUGUAAGUGAAGCUCCGCCCUCUGUGAUGACUGGCAGGGAGUGUGUGCUGAAACCUGCCAGCGCAGGAUAAACAGUUUGGUUUUAUCAGGUGAUUAUCGCUGCCAUGGCGGCCUCUACCUGCUGCCCUGGCACGGGCUGCAGUCACCGCGCCAAUAAAGCUUUCUCACACACACACACACAUGCACGCACACACGCACACACACACACACUGAGCGGAGACAGAGAGAAAACACAGGGUGAGGCUGAGAACCUGGCGGUGUGCCUGGUUUCAUUCUCGGACUCUCCCUCUGUCUUUGUUUCUGCAGCAGAUUAAACGCCGUCGCUGUCAGAUCAGCUCCAGGAGCGCUCAGCUCCUCCCACACGUUCACAAACGUCCUGAAAAAGGGCGGAGCUUUACCCACAGAGGCUGCGACAGUAAACACACACGUCUGCAGCAGCUGACCCAGACUUUCAUUCACCUACGCUCUACUGAUCAGCGUCUCUCAGGUGGAGACAUCUGUGAACGCUCAUGUCCUGAUCCAUGUCUGGACCUCCUCUGCUCCUCCUCCUCCUCCUCCUCCUCCUCCUCCUCCUCCUCCUCCUCUCUGCCUGUUUUUUUCAGACUAUCUUUACUGUCAGACUCAUUCUUUGAUAACUGGACGGCUGAAAUCAUAACCACCGUUGACUGUUCUAUAAAGAUGGCGUUCGUCUCUGCCCGCAGGUUGACUCUGGGGAAACCUCUGGGCGAAGGCUGCUUCGGUCAGGUGGUCAUGGCGGAGGCUCUGGGCGUCGAUAAGGACAAACCCAAGGAGGCGGUGACGGUGGCUGUGAAGAUGCUGAAAGGUGAGAGUGUCCUCCUGCUGGGUCAGAGCAGAACCAGAACUCUGGGUCCGUUCUCAUCGGGAACCUGAGAUCAGCUGAUUAAAGCGGAGGAGAUGAGAGGUGGAGCCUGAGGCCGUCAUUAUGAGUCCUUAUUGGUGGCUGCUGAGUGAUGAUGGGUGAGGGGCAGGUACAUACCUGACCUCAGAGCAGCAGCUGGCUGCAGCUCAGUCAGCACCGACACAAAGAGGCGAGUCACAGCGCCAUGAUUAAUGAAAAGGGGCGGAGCUUCAAGGAUGGUAGUCAGAACAGGUACAGCUGUGUGACGGUGAAAUCUGAGUCUAAAUAUAGAACAGAACAGUCCUUCUGUUUUCAUCCAGAACCUCUAUGGUGUCACCGAACAAGGUGUUAGUCCAGGCAGGCCACAAAGUCCAGCUGCUCAUCCUGCUUCUUCUGCAAACGCAGCUCCUUCUCUGAAAACGGCGUCUGAUUUCACCAGGGUCACAGAGACCAGGGUCAUGGAGACCAGGGUCAUGGAGACCAGCCUUUUAGGAGAAACAUGCAAUAAAAAACAAAAACUGACCAAUCAGGACUCGACAGUUCGACUGUUUCACUCUCAUUAGCGACUAAAAAUAGAUGUGUAGAAUUGUCAGAUGUAUUUAGAGUCACAUGUGCUCAUAAUAAAAAUCAACAAAUGUUUUUUUUCCUGUAAAUACGGCGGUGAAGUUAGUUUUAGGUUGGAUAUAUUCUCCUGUAAUUAGGCGGUGAAGUUAGUUUCAGGUUGGAUAUAUUUUCCUGUAAAUACGGCGGUGAAGUUAGUUUCAGGUUGGAUAUAUUUUCCUGUAAAUACGGCGGUGAAGUUAGUUUCGGGUUGGAUAUAUUUUCCUGUAAAUACGGCGGUGAAGUUAGUUUCAGGUUGGAUAUAUUUUCCUGUAAAUACGGCGGUGAAGUUAGUUUCAGGUUGGAUAUAUUUUCCUGUAAAUACGGCGGUGAAGUUAGUUUCAGGUUGGAUAUAUUUUCCUGUAAAUACGGCGGUGAAGUUAGUUUCAGGUUGGAUAUAUUUUCCUGUAAAUAGGCGGUGAAGUUAGUUUUAGGUUGGAUAUAUUUUCCUGUAAAUACGGCGGUGAAGUUAGUUUCAGGUUGAAUAUAUAUUUUCCUGUAAAUAGGCGGUGAAGUUAGUUUUAGGUUGGAUAUAUUUUCCUGUAAAUACGGCGGUGAAGUUAGUUUCAGGUUGGAUAUAUUUUCCUGUAAAUACGGCGGUGAAGUUAGUUUCAGGUUGGAUAUCUGACGGACAUUCUCUGAGGAUCUACCGGUGUCUUCUCACUCUCCAUAACCGGGAAUAACAACAGCAGCGCGGUUAAAUCUACUCGACACCCUCACUGUCAACAUCGGUGUUGAAUAAGGGACCGUCAAUAAAUUACCGGUUGAUGUUCUCAGAAAAGGCUGUUUUCCUUCAAUAGCUUCACUGUCAUGUGACCAAAAGACCUAAAAUUGAUUUCUAAUAAUAGUACUAAGGUCGAUCAAUAAGACAAACAUUAUUGAUCAGUUUUCAUUGAUCCUCUAAAGUUCUUUGUGCUCCUUACUUUUUGAACUCAGGAGAACAAAGUUAGAGUCGAUCCCUGUAAAUCAUUAAAAACAUGUUGACAUGUGAUCCAUGGAGACCUGGAGGACGUUUCAGGUCUCAGUCAGGUAGAGGCUGAUUCUCAGAUCUCUUAUAAAAUCAAAGUUGAAGGUCUGCAGGUGAAGUUCAGCUGAUGGGCUGAAGAGGAACCUGUGCAGCAGAUUUAGUGUCUCUAAUCAUCUUGCAGGGUCAGAGACGAGGAGGUGGGUGUGGUUUUGUUUGUCUGAUCAGAGCUCCUGUCUCCACAGAUGACGCCACAGAGAAGGACCUGUCUGACCUGGUGUCAGAGAUGGAGAUGAUGAAGAUGAUCGGAAAACACAAGAACAUCAUCAACCUUCUGGGGGCCUGCACGCAAGACGGUGAGUGGGACAGGAAACAUCUUCAUAAAACAGAGCCAAGAGAAGAACCGGGUCCGACUGGAUCUCAGAGGUCCGGUUCUGGUGACUGAUGUUGGUGCCUGAGUUCAGCAGCAGAGAGUUUGGACCUUCUCUCCUCAGAUUUAAAGAUGUAACUUCUCCUCUCUCCGCUGUAGGACCUCUUUACGUCAUCGUGGAGUACGCCUCCAAAGGAAACCUGAGGGAGUACCUGCGCGCACGCCGGCCGCCCGGCAUGGAGUACUCGUACGACAUCGCCCGAGUCUCGGACGAGCAGCUCACCUUCAAAGACCUGGUCUCCUGCACCUAUCAGGUGGCUCGAGGGAUGGAGUACUUGGCCUCCCAGAAGGUACGAGAGAGUCCUGUUCUCGCAGCACGCCACGGGUUCAUGUAGGAGGGUGGCGUGUGCGUCACUGUGGGAAUGUUGUCCCCUAAAAAGACCCCCUCCCCCCCAUUGUCCCCCAUCGUCCCCCAUCGUCCCACCACAAAGACCCUCUGUGUGGGAGCAGGGUGAGGGUUUCACAGCGGGGGGUGGCCAUGUUGGCCAAACGCAGCCUCUCGCUCCCUCUCACUGCAGGAAUGUGACACACACACGCACACACACACACACACACACACACACUGAGUGUAUAUGUGUUAAAGCAUGAGAGGAAUGUGAGCGUGUGCAGACUGGUCUCUGACUCGCCGCCGCCGUCGUCAUGGCGUCAUGUUGUUUCUGCUUCAUCACAUCCUCCACAAACAUCUGAACUCUCCACAGGAAGUUUACACCUGUUUCACCUGAUUUAUGUCCGCCGUGAGCUAACCCUCCUCCUCCUCUUCACUUUCCCCUCUUGGCCCCGCCCCCUCAGUGCAUACACAGAGACCUGGCGGCCCGAAACGUUCUGGUCACCGAGAGCAACGUCAUGAAGAUCGCCGACUUCGGCCUGGCCAGAGACGUCCACAACAUCGACUACUACAAAAAGACGACCAAUGUGAGUGCUCAGACGGGGGGGGGGGUGGGUGUUUUUGGGGGCGGGGUCAGUCCUCCAUCUUUGAGCUGCUGUGUUGGCAGGAGCUGCAGGUUCCCAGGCCGGCGCUGAAUGUCGUGCUUCUGCAGACUCGGCCGUGUUUAUCCCUCAGCCUCUUGUUCCUUUAGCUCCAAAGAGUCUUUACAAUUAGCCAGAGAGAAAACAGAGAGGGUGAGAGAGGGUGAGAGAGAGAGAGAGAGAGAGAGAGAGAGAGAGAGAGAGAGAGAGAGAGAGAGAGAGAGAGAGAGAGAGAGAGGGAGAGAGAGGGAGAGAGAGAGAGAGAGAGAGAGAGAGAGAGAGAGAGAGAGAGAGAGAGAGAGAGAGAGAGAGAGAGAGAGAGAGAGAGAGAGAGAGAGAGAGAGAGAGAGAGAGAGAGAGAGAGAGAGAGAGAGAGAGAGAGAGAGAGAGAGAGAGAGAGAGAGAGGGAGAGAGAGAGAGAGAGAGAGAGAGAGAGAGAGAGAGAGAGAGAGAGAGAGAGAGUGAGAGAGGGUGAGAGAGAGAGAGAGAGAGAGAGAGAGAGAGAGAGAGAGAGAGAGAGAGAGAGAGAGAGAGAGAGAGAGAGAGAGAGAGAGAGAGAGAGAGAGAGAGAGAGAGAGAGAGAGAGAGAGAGAGAGAGAGGGAGAGAGAGAGAGAGAGAGAGAGAAUCCACAGCGUCUCCACAGCCGCUCGCUCUUUCAGAGUUUUUUCCCACCGCAGUGCAGCAUCGACUCAUCCCCAUCAUGAUGAGAACAACAAGAAGAGAGGAUGAUGAUGAUGAUGAUGGGGGUGGGGGGGUGGACCUUCUCUGAAAUAUCAUUGGCCGGCCCAGCUCUGAAACUCCGCCUCUCCAAGUGUGAGUGAAGGUGUGAGUGAAAGUCCGCCCGCAGAGAUCAGGGCGGCCAUGACUCUGUGUGUGUGUCAGCUGUUUUAUUGUGAAAGGACUGAACAAAGAGCAGGGAUUUUCAAAAUAAAAGCCUGGUGGUUCGUUUUCUGUCCUUGUUUUUACAGGGAGCUUUUAUUUUGAAGGUUUCUAAAUGAGUAAAUCAGGUUUAGAUCCAGUCUGGGUUCAGGGUGUCAGAGAAACUGUGACCUCAGACAGGACAGGAAUAAAGAGAGGGUCGUGUGUUUUCUGACCGCUCACCUGUGUGUGUGUGUGUGUGUGUGUGUCCUCAGGGUCGACUCCCGGUGAAGUGGAUGGCUCCAGAAGCUCUGUUCGACCGGGUCUACACGCACCAGAGUGACGUGUAAGUAUAAAAACUGUAACCCCCGACCUCCACCUUCAUCCUGAUGGUCUCCUAAAAGGUCGUGUCCUCCGAUCGUAGCUGAUCGUAACCAUUCAAGUCAACGUGUCAAUUUACACCGACUUCUUUCCGUUCCUCUGAGGAUCAAAAUCUAAAUCUAACACUGAGGCGAGACGUCUCAGAAACGUCUCAGGUAGGUCCAGUUGUCCUUUCAACAAAGAAUUAGAAAUCACAGUUUUCCAAGAGUAGACGGUCCAAUCAGCUCGUUCUUAUUUCCAACGACGUCUGAACUCUGAUGGAGUUAUCGUUGUAGAUGUAGAUGUAGAUGUAGAUGUAGAUGUAGAUGUAGAUGUAGAUGUAGAUGUUUCUCCUUCUUCUACCAGCGUCAUGAAUCUUGAUGUUAAAGUUACACAGACAGAGACUCUGAUGGUUCCUGAGGUUUGAUCUGAUCUUCUGGUUUCUGGAACUAAAAACACCGUUUUUGUCCCGCUCAGCUGUCAGGUCAGAGGCUCGUUCUUCAGGAGUGUGUGUGUGUGUGUGUGUGUGUGUGUGUUUGUGUGUGUGUGUGUGUGUGUGUGUGUGUGUGAAGGGGGAUAGUGUGUGUCCAGCACUGGCCGGUCUGUGGCAGAAGUGAGGAUUUCACGCUAGACUUGGAGUCAAUGCCGUGUUACUAAUCUGAGCGGCUUCAAAGGGUCUGGAAGGAGCCCACCGGCACCUCCUCCUCCCCCCUCGCUCCUCCGGCUCGGAAGUCUCCCCUCCUUUUUAGGCCUCCUCACACGUCGUCUAAACCCGACGAAGCUGACGUCCUCUCCCUCCUGGACUCGUCUCCUUAUCCCCUCGGCUGUCCCAUCUCCUCCUCUGUCCUCAUCCAGAGUCCUGUUGAACAUGUGGCUCCUGGUUUUGGAGCUCUUCUUCGAUCAAUGCAGCCCCCUCUCCUCCUCCUCCUCCUCCUGCUCCUCCUCCUGCUCCUCGCGCUCUUUCUUUCUUUCAUUCAUCGGUGUGUGAGCUGCUGACCCGUCUCUCUCUCUCUCUCUCUCUCUUCUAAAAACAGAACAAAGGAGGAGCGUCUCUGUUUCUGCGUCUGAGACUCAUCUGUCCUGACAGCAGCGUUUGAAGUUCCUCUGAGAGUGUGUGUGUGUGUGUGUGUGUGUGUGUGUGUGUGAGUGUGUGUGUGAGUGUGUGUGUGUGUGUGUGUGUGUGUGUGUGUGUGUGUGUGUGUGUGUGUGUGUGUGUGUGUGUGUGAAUUAGAUAAACGCUCGCAUGUUGACCUCUAAGAGUGUGUGUGUGUGUGUGUGUGUGUGUGUGUGUGUGUGUGAGUCAUGCAGCACUCAUCCAGUUACAAACUGAGUCCAGCUCCUGCUGUGUCUGUGUACGUGCACAUAAACAACAUGUUUGUGCACGUGUUUCCUCCAUAUUCCAUCAAUCAAUAACCUGAGGGGGGGGGGGACUCACUGCUAAUUAUGUUUCAUCACUUUUAGUAAUUGGCUUUUUCACUGAGCCAAUGAUGAAGAGGAGGAGGAGGAGGAGGAGGAGGAGAGAUGUGGAGGAGGAGGAGGAGAGAUGGAGGAGGAGAGAUGGAGGAGUAAAAAAUGUGGAGGAAGAGGAGGAGGAAGAGGAGGAGGAGGAGGAGGAGGAGGAGGAGGAGGAGGAGGAGGAGGAGAGAGGAGGAGGAGGAGGAGGAGGAGGAGGAGGAGAGAUGUGGAGGCGGGGCCGAUCCAUACAUGACAUCAGAUUCAAUGAAUACAUGAAUCCUAAUGUUCUUACUGACGGGCUCCUGGUGAAAGUCGGGGUCUGACCCCCCCAACAGAGAAAUGAGCGCCGCCCUCCCGCUCUAACAGCCCCGCCCUCCCGCUCUAACAGCCCCGCCCCCCCGUGUGUUUUAUUGACGUGUUUUUGGACAUUUAUAUUCAUGCAGCGAUCGAUCAAUACCAGGAAGUUUAGAGACGGAGAGAACGACUGAAACGAGACAGACGAGGAUUAGAGAAGGAAAGGAGGAGAGGAGACAAGGUAGGACAGAAGGAUGAGGAGAGAGAGAGGAGAGAGGAGAGACAAGGGAGGAAAGAAGGAGGGAUGAGUGUGUCAACAUGAGGAGACAAUCAAGGCAGUGAAGGAGGAGAGGAGACAGACGGAGGAGCUGAUCCGACCUCCAACACCAGUGACACCAGUGAUACCAGUCCUCUAUCAGAACUCUGGACCGGUUCUGUUCGGUUCUGUUCUGUUGGUUGUCUGUUGUUCCUCUGGACUUCAGGAGGAUCCGGCGUCUCUGUACGUGCAGAGAUGGCGGUCCCUGAUAGCGGUCUUCAGGCUCCUGAAUGAGGAAGUCGUUAAUCUUUAAUGGUCGUUAACCAUCUCUGGACGCCCUCCCCCCCCCCCUCGUGUUUGCGGUGGGCGGUCCCUCCUCUGUUUGUUUUGGCGUGACGGGACAAUGACCGUCUGUGUGAGCGGGCAGCGGGCACAAAAGGCGUCAUUGAGAUCAGGGCACAGUGGCACAGAGAGCGGCUUCGCACCACGAGCCACCGGACGGCAGAAAGAGGACAUUGACACCCCGCCCCCACCCCCACCCCCGAUAAGAACAGUGGCGGCGCUGUGUCGGACUCUGGCGAAGUGACUCGAUGUAAACGAUCUGAAGGUUAAAGGACAGUGACACUGAUUGGACGGCGUCAGGAUCACACCUGACCCACGUGUGGCCCUACAUUAGUACGACGCUCGUACUUUCAGCCCCGCCUCCUCCCAGCAUGCACCUGCAGGCUCCAGCUUCAGGGUCUCCAUCUCCUCUCCAGUGUUUGUAAUAUUGUCUGUUUUCUGUCUCCUCAGCUGGUCGUUCGGCGUGCUGAUGUGGGAGAUCUUCACCCUCGGGGGGUCUCCGUACCCCGGCAUCCCUGUGGAGGAGCUCUUCAAGCUGCUGAAAGAGGGACACCGCAUGGACAAGCCUGGAAACUGCACCAACGAGCUGUAAGAGACUUCCUGUCCUCUCAGACACCCACCCUCCAUCAGGUCCCCGACUCUGUGGGGCCCCCGCACAGCUGGGACAGGCUGCUAUCAGUGUCCUCAUUCACAGGGAGUCUGAGGACAGAGGACGAUAAUAAGACACGUCUCUAAAAACAGGGACAGAGGAAGAUAAAGGAGGUUUUCAGUCAUUUAGACGAGAAUAAAGAUCUAAUCGAGUCCCUUUGAUGAGACAGACAUGAAGAAGGACAUGAUGUUCUUCAGGUCUGAGACCUUCAGACCUGAGCGUGGUCCAUCGAUGACUCUUCCUUUGAUUCCUCCUUUCCUCCUUUCCUAUUUCCUCUGAUCGUUGUUUUCUUCCUCUUUCAGGUACAUGAUGAUGAAGGACUGCUGGCACGCCAUCUCGUCCCAGAGACCCACCUUCAAGCAGCUCGUGGAGGAUCUGGACCGGAUCCUCACCCUCAGCACCAACGAGGUGAGAGCAGCUCUUUACGGACCUUUCAGGACUCGUGCUGCGACGUGGUUCUGGUCCACACUGGAUCAGGAUCUUGGUGCUGAAAGCUUUAGGAGCAUUAGGAGCCACGUUUCUGACUCCAGGUCUAAAUGGCGACUAAAAAAACGCCUGGAUGAUUCGAUCCAGGCCCAACAUGGCCGUCCAAUCAUCACGUCCGUACUCGCGGCCCCCCCGCCCCCCUGUCUCUGCUGAUAUCCGCACGCCGGCCUGAGAAGAGGCCGGCGAUGGAAAGCUGUCAGGACCGGUUCUGCUGUGGAGCUGAAACUUUGAGAGUUUCUGCCAGAAAAGUUUGAACUUUUGAAACGUAAUAAAGCUCCUUUUUUUUUUUCCUCCUCUCCUCCUCCUCCUCCUCCUCCUGCUCCUCCUCCUCCCUUUGCCCCAAACCGCUGGCAGAUGUGGAGGUCUUUAGUAACGUGAGCCUUCUCGUGUUGAGCAGGAAAAUGGAAGCCAGCGCUCAUUUUCUUGAAAACCCCAGAGCUCUUCCUCCUCGCGGCUCGUCCCGAACACGGUCCUGAAAGACGAGCAGGAGGGGAAAAAAACGCUGCCAUGAAACGGGCCGAAGAACUUCCCCGCACCGGGGCCCAGUCAGGAAUUCAUGAGAGGACCGCUGCGGGUUCUCAGCCUCCUCCAUGACCCCGUUGUUUUUCCCGGUGUCGGGUUGUGCCAGCGUCUUUAUUUUUUCCAGCCGUGUCUCGGUGUGGAUGUGGACUGGGAUCAGGUCUGACUGGAGGCUGUGGGGCCGCUCUUCUGACCCACUUAUGUGCUCUAGACUCCAGAUCAGGAACCUGCAGAUCUGAUCUUUAGUGUCGGUGAAUGAUUGGUCAGUGUUUUUUAAACAGGUCCAGCCUGUCAUGAGGUCUGAGUCCAGACAUGAGCUGAUGAGCAGAAGAACCGAGUUUAACACCGAAACACUUUUAUUUUCCUUCUGAUAGAAAAAACUUUAACAACAAAAAUUCACAUGAAAUCAAGUCGACAGACUCCGCCCUCAAACUGUCACAACAGGACUUUAUCCUGAUUCAUUAAUCCUGAUUCAUUAAUCCUGAUUCAGUAAUCCUGAUUUAUUUAACCUGAUUCAUUAAACCUGAUUCAUUAAUCCUGAUUCAUUUAUCCAGAUUCAUUUAUCCUGAAUUAUUAAUCCUGAUUCAUGAAUCCUGAUUCAUUAAUCCUGAAUUAUUACUCAUUAAUCCUGAUUCAUUUAUCCGGAUUCAGUAAUCCUGAUUCAUUUAUCCUGAAUUAUUAAUCCUGAUUCAUUUAUCCUGAUUCAUUAAUCCUGAUUCAGUAAUCCUGAUUCAUUAAACCUGAUUCAUUGAUCCUGAAUUAUUACUCAUUAAUCCUGAUUCAUUUAUCCGGAUUCAGUAAUCCUGAUUCAUUUAUCCUGAAUUAUUAAUCCUGAUUCAUUUAUCCUGAUUCAUUUAUCCUGAUUCAUUGAUCCUGAUUCAUUAAUCCUGAUUCAUUAAUCUGGAUUCAUUAAUCAUUAAUCCUGAUUCAUUUAUCCGGAUUCAUUAAUCCUGAUUCAUUUAUCCUGAUUCAGUAAUCCUGAUUCAUUAAACCUGAUUCAUUGAUCCUGAUUCAUUUAUCCAGAUUCAGUAAUCCUGAUUCAUUUAUCCUGAAUUAUUAAUCAUGAUUCAUUAAUCCUGAUUCAUUUAUCCUGAUUCAUUAAACCUGAUUCAUUAAUCCUGAUUCAUUAAUCCUGAUUCAUUUAUCCGGAUUCAUUAAACCUGAUUCAGUAAUCCUGAAUUAUUAAUCCUGAUUCAUUAAUCCUGAUUCAUUCAUCCUGAUUCAUUGAUCCAGAUUCAUUGAUCCUGAAUGGCUCCGCCCCUCCCCUGGACUCAGUUAAACAUGAACACAUGAAUUCAUCAUGUCUGCAGACUUAGUUUCUCUUCAGAAUUACAAACCCUUUUUUUGUUGGACCCGGGUCAUCCUGGUCCCGUGGCCCUGUUGGCGGUCCUGCCUUCAGUCCCGCCUUCAGCCCCGCCCUCUGCUGUUCCUGUCGGUAUUUUCCGACAGUGAAUCCGGUCUGAGGUGGUUUUCUUGACUCCUCUCUGAGGUUUAGAUAAAUAUCCCAUGAAGGUGAUCCUCUCCUCGCCCUCCUCUGGAAAGUCCCUGUUCUUGUAGAUUGUGUUUUCUCGUCCCGUCAGCUGAUCCUGUUUGUGUGUGUGUGUGUGUGUGUGUGUCUCUGCAGGAGUACCUGGACCUGUGCGCCCCCACAGAGCAGUAUUCUCCCAGCUUCCCCGACACCCGCAGCUCCUGCUCCUCGGGCGACGACUCCGUGUUUUCCCACGACCCGUUACCGGACGAGCCCUGCCUCCCCAAGUACCAGCACAUCAACGGGAACGUCAAGACAUGAGACCACACCCCCUUUUUCCCCCAAGAGCCGCCCCCAAUCUCACCGGCACAGACCCCCAUCUCUCCCAACACCUCCUCCCCCCACCUCGAUCGGGUGCCUGCGGACUAACGGACCUGGAGGAGCGCUGCUGUCACACACUCUCACUGCCGUGCACACACACACACACACACACACACACACACACACACACACUCACACUCACCUGAGGUCUUAAAGGAGAGGACAGGGACCAUGUUUGUACUGUAUCAGCUCACAUUCCUCCUCCUCCUCUUCAUCGUCUCAGACUUCGGAGGUUUUCUUUUACAAUCGACGACUUGUUCGGCGAUCGAUUCCCAGGAUUCCAGGCGGUAUGUCCGGACCUUUUUGGACUUUGGAAAAACGAGGAAAACGAGAAUAUAGGAAACAGACUGAGAGACAAACUUUGACUAACCAGCAGAGGAAGAGACGGAGAAACUUCUCUCCCUUUAUUUUGUCAUAUUUAUGCAUUUCUUUUUUUUUUUUUUUUUUCACGCUCUUGAUAAAAAAACUUCCCAAGUAUCCUGGAGAAAAUAAAUCCACAGUAUCAUGUAUAAUAGUGCUGGGUAUAUUUGUAAAUAUAUUCAAAAGUGUAUAAAUAUAUAUUAUAUAUUUACAAUGAAUUAUUUUUUGUAUGGAAAUAACCCGGCCCCCUCUAAAGGCAGGUACGCUAACAGGUUGUGUCCGACAUUUCUCUCUCUCUCUCUCUACACACACACACACACACACACACACACACACUUAAACACACACACACACACACACACACCUGUCUCACUCUCGCUCAGUAACACGAUGAGUUUUGGCUUUCAGGGACCGAGGUAGCAUGUUAAUUUAUUGACUUGUUGUUUUUUUAAGUGGAUCACAGACGUCUGGAACAAAAAGGAACAAACUGACAUUAAUGAUGCUGAAUAAACAGAAAUAAUCCAUGUAAUAAAUAAUGUAAGGUAAUUUAAAACGAUCUCUCAGCUGUAACAGAUAAAAAAAACUAUUUUUAGAGGGUUUCUGGAAGGUCCAGGUUUUGUAAGUUUUCUAUAUGAAUGUGAAUAUUAAGUUAAAUUUUAAAAAGUGUACAUUUGAUAGUCGGCUAAUCCCUUUCUUACCUAGAUGUUGUUGCUGCCAUUUUCCUAUCCAGACCUUUGACUCGUUCUUCUCUCUGUCAGAGGAAACAAAGUCAGUUCUGGAUAUUUAUAUAUGAUGGACAGAAAAAGGAAAACUAGCCUCCACUCCCCGGUGUAGACUCUAGACUCCACAUUGACUUGGACAGGAUUGAAAGCUGAAAAACAAAGUAUUAAUAAUCAUUCAAGUGUUUCUUUUUUUUUUUGUCUUUUUCUACUGGACCAACUUUAAGAUGUUUGUUGCAAAUGUUCAAAACGCAUUUGCAAAAUAAAUGAUGAAAAUAAU